AUGUCGUCCAUCUCGCAGGAAGACCCGCCCUCCUCCAUCCCCACUCCAUCUUUAUCUUUAUCCUCCUCCAGCUCAUCCCCGGGUUCACGCACUCCGCAAACCAGCACUCCCUUGAAUCAAUCAGCCGUAUCCUACUUCUCCUACCCCGUCACCCACGUCGUCUCGGGCCUCUACCGCCGGCUCACAGACCCCAACAUCACCAAGGCAUCGCGCAAGGACAAGGACAACGAGACCACGACCAUGAACAGCAGCAGCAAGAGCUUCAGCAGCAAGAACAACGGCUCCUCGGCAUCCUCCUCGGGCGUCUUUACCCCUAUGCGCACCGCAUCCCCCUUCCAACCACCCCCACUCACCCCGCUCACCCUCACCCUCGGCACCACCGCCCCAGACAGCCUGCAGCAGCAGUUGCUAGCCCGCGCCCUGGCCGAGGAAAUUCGCCUCCUCGUCCCCCCGCGCCUCCAGCUCGUCGAUACCUGGCGCCUCGCCUACAGCCUCGACCGCGACGGCGCCUCCCUCGCCACCCUCUACGAGAACUGCUACGAGUUCUCCCUCCGCAGCCCGCGGGCGGGCUUCGUCCUCAUCAUCCGCGACUCCUCCCCCUCCGGCGCCGUCUUCGGCGCCUACAUGACCGACCCUCCCCGUCCGAACCCGCACUACUUCGGCACCGGCGAGUGUUUCCUCUGGCGUGCUAGCGUGCUGCGUCCCCCCGCCCUGCUGCACGCGUCCGGCCCCCAGCCCGACCAGAUGCUCGACUUGGCGGGCCUGCCGCCCCCGCCGAGCGCGGACACAACCCACGCAGGACGAUCGACGACCCUGCGUAGCGACCCGAAGACUCGGCCGGAGAACAUGCUGGUGACGCCGCGGGUGCAUGAUGUGACCCCCAGCGGCGCGAGUACGCCUGAGCGCAUCCGGUUCAAAGCCUUCCCCUACAGCGGGGUAAAUGACUACAUGAUGUUCUGUGAAACAGGGUUCCUUAGUCUGGGCGGAGGGGAUGGUCACUUUGGUCUGUGGGUGGACUCGAGCCUGGAGAAGGGCGUCAGCGCCCCGUGUCUGACCUUUGGAAACGAACCUCUUUCCGACGAAGGCAUCAAAUUUGACAUCCUCGGCGUAGAGGUAUGGUAUAUCGGAUCCUAA